AUGAGGAUCCGUGGAAGAAAGUCCUUUUCCGAUUCAGAUCACUGCUCCAUCUCCUCGUCUUCUUCCUCAUCCCAUCACUCAUCAUCAAUCACGGCGGCUCAUUCUCUGUCCUCCUCCCAGAGCUCGUCCGAUUCUUCCCCCGCGCGGCCGUUUACGGCGGCCGGAGGAUCGUCCACGCAUCGGUGCCGCGGGCUCGAUCUGCUGGUGAAAGCGAUCCACCAGGUGGACGCCGGCUCGGCCGUCGGCGUGCCGUACAUACAGCGCCGGGUCACCAUCCGGCGGAGGAGGAGGCUGCGGCGGGAUCUGGAGUUUGGCGUCCUGGCCUUGGGCUGCGAAUUCUUCAGGAUUAAGGGGAAUGAUUUGAGAUCUUAG